CAAACGCCGCGCUUUGUCUCCAGCCGGGAUCCGUAGCCGAAAGGGCCGAGCCUGCGCGAAGGACCCGGAAGCCGCGCGGGAGCAUCUGGAGCAGCCACGUUCCCUGUCAUGGUGAGUGAGAGGCGUAAUGGAAACCUGCUUGUGCACUUGGGGGCCAAGCUGCAGGCCUACCCUGAGGAGCUGAUCCGUCAGCGCCGGGGCCAUGAUGGCCACACGGAGUACCUGAUUCGCUGGAGCAUCCUCAGCUUGGAGGAGGGCAUGGGGAGCAGCACCAAUGCCUCUUCCACAGAGAGCAAAGCGGAGAACAUCCUUAUGUGGAUGUCAGCAGAGGAGGUCUAUGCCAAUUGCCCGACGCUGCUGGGCAAGAGGAAGCCUGAAGGGCAGCGAGUGAAGGAGGAGAAGGCACCCAGCACGUUUCCUUCGGAUGUCACGCUGGAUGAGGCCUCGCUGUUGGAAAUGAAGGAAGAUGUCAGGAGUCUGGUGCAGCGGGCUGGCCGGCAAAUGGCUAGGGCUAUGGGCCCAGCAUCCUCCAUCCUCAACACCAUCCAUGUGCUGAGUGCCUACGCCAGCAUUGGUUCACUGACAGGUGUCUUCAAGGAGACGGGGGCUCUGGACCUGCUGAUGAAGAUGCUUUGUAAUGAGGAGAAGCAAAUCCGGCGCAGUGCUGGCAAGAUGCUAAGAGCCUUGGCUUCGCAUGAUGCAGGGAGUCGGGCCUAUGUCCUCCUGUCCCUGAGCCAGCAGGAUGGCAUUGAGCAGCACAUGGAUUUUGACAGUCGUUACACCCUCCUGGAGCUGUUUGCAGAGACUACGUCCUCUGAAGAGCACUGCAUGUCCUUUGAGGGCAUCCACCUUCCACAGAUCCCAGGAAAGCUGCUGUUCUCUCUGGUGAAGCGCUACCUGUGUGUCACCUCUCUCAUGGACAAGGUCAACAGCAGCACAGAACUGGGGGCAGAGUGUCAGGACUGCGCUGCCCACAGUACGCACUUUGGGGAGAGGACCCGCAUGCAGCGGGAGUUUGAGUUCAGCAUGGCCAUGGCCAAUCUCAUCUCCGAGUUGGUGCGGGUGAUGGGUUGGGACUGCAGCCAGAAGAUGGAGCGCCUCUCCUUGUGGGAAGCACGACCUCGAGUCAUCCGUUCCAUCUUCCAGCCCAAGGCUCCUGCCUGCACACCCAUCCAGGUGGCCCCUGGCCCUCCCCAGAAAGAGGCCAGUGCCUUCAAGACACGCUCUGCCUUCCCAAGCCGCAGUAGCUAUGCAGAGUAUGUACAGGCGACCUUGACACGGGGCAUGUGGGUGCGUAUGCUGGAGGACUACGAGCAAGUCAAUGCUGGGGAUGAAGGCGAGUUCCGCCAGAGCAACGACGGCAUGCCACCCGUCCAGGUAUAUUGGCAGGCUUUGGGUCGUACAUAUUGGGUACACUGGCAUAUGGUGGAGAUUGUGGGUUCGUUUGGGCAAGUGGAGCGUGAGGUCCAGGACAAGAUGUCCAGCCUAACAGAGAACCUCAAACUGAAAACUGCUGCAGUUACCCAGACGUUUUACUGCAAGCCCCUUGGGGGGCUGUACUCCCUGCCGUACCUGAUGGACCAGCUGGGCGAGGACACAGAGACCCUGAGCCGGGCUGAGUGGUGGGAACUGCUCUUCUUUGUUAAGAAGCUAGAACUGCAUGAGCAGCAGGAGAUCAUCCACCUCAUCCAGCAGCACCAAGAGCUGUCGGAGCUAGGUGAGGAAGCCCUGACCCAGCUGUCAGUGCCAGUGGAGUUGGCCCAGAAAGUGUUGCAGGUCCUGAGCAAGCAGUGCCAGGGAAGCACCCUGAGUGACCUCCACAGCUCCCAUGUCUACAUCAAGUACUUCCUCAGCAAAGGAUGGGUGGAGCAAGACAGUGUUGGGGUAGAUGCAGUGCCUUCAGAGAGUGCUGGCCAUGGGAGUGCCUUCCUUGAAGCCAUGGUGUCUAAAAAACCAAAGACAGACCUUCCUACUGCUGAUGUGCCUUCCCCUGCCCCAGCCACUGUGGAGAAAUCAGACUCCCAGCUAUUUAAUGAACUCUUCAAAGCAGAAGGGCUGGUUUUGCCAGAGUUGCUGGAGGAGAAAGCCAAGGUACUCUGCAGUGUGAAGGGAUCAGGCAAGAAGAGCUCUUUGGAAAAGAUUGCAGAUGCUUUGGAGAUGAUCCAGAGAUCCAGUUCAGAGGUUGAGCUGCAAGUAGCGGGUCUCAGGUUCAUUAUCAAGACCCUGGAGGAGGAGCUGGGUCAAGAGCGGCACCUCAUCAAAAUCGAGAGUGGACUCACCAUCAGGGAGAAGCUGGUGAAGAUGGUUGUGGAGCUCCUGACCAACCAGGUGAAGGAGAAGCUGCUGGUGGUGCUGGCGUUGCGCCUGCUGUGCGUGCUGAUGGCCAAGUAUGACUGGCGCGUGCUUUUUGCCACGGAGGGUGGGGUACGUGCUGUAUUGACUUGUAUGCAAGAGUACGGCCCCUCGGCACUGGUCCAGCAAGCUGGUCUGGCGGCCCUGAAGGUGCUGGUGGGGGCUGGAAACUGUGAAGUGUUGGGCACCAGUGGGAAGCCCUAUCGCCUGAACCAUUCUGAUGCCCAGAUGAUGCGGGAGAUCUUUGCCAGCAUUGGCUCUGCCACCAGCAAGGACUCAGACAGCUUGCUGUGUGCCAUUCCUGCUGCCAUCAGCACCAUGCAGGGCAUGGCUGGUAGUACAUCGGCUGUGCAGAACGGCCUGUUGGUGGUGAACAUGCUUGUCGACAACCACCACGGCCUGGCUGAGCAGCUGGUGAGCUGUGGGAUCCACUCAGCCCUGCAGAGCUGCUGCCAAGGAGGCCAGAACCCUGCGGAGCCCAGCUGUCCCAGUGAGACGUUGGCCACGGCCAUGCUCAGCCGCCUGGUGGAACACAAGGUCCCCUCAGAUCUGGCAACAGCAGAUGCAGGUGCCCCCCUAGAUCUGAAGGACAUGGAUGUGCAGAAGCUGGUUGCCAGUCUACGGGAGGGUAUCCUCUCCAAGGAGGUGGUGUUGGCUCUGGAGCAACACCUCUGUGACAAGAGCCUCUGGCAUGAGAGUGAGGCCGCUGAGCUCCUGAGGGACCGGGACCGCUUCCUGCUACUGCUUUUUAACCUGGAGCAGCUGGGGGCUGAGAAGGCUGUACAGCUGGGGGUCCUCAGGAUUUUGAACAAGUUCCUGGACAAUUACCAGGAGGACGCGCUGCCGUGGCAUGAGUGCAUCGAGCCCUGCAUGUCCUCCAUGAGCGCCCACAGCACCGAGCGAGAUGUUGUGCAGGAGUUCAUUCGCUUCCUGCACCGCCUGGCCACUGUCAACAAAGACUGUGCUGUGGUGAUGUGCCGUGUGGGCACCAAGGAGGCCCUGACCAAGGUCAUGGACAAGCACAGCUCCAGCCUGCUGCUGGUGACGGAGCUACGGGACCUGGUGACGGACUGUGAGAAAUAUGCCAGCCUCUACAAGAAGAUGACGACCAGUAUCCUGGCCGGCUGUAUCCAGAUGGUGCUGGGUCAGAUUGAGGAACACAGGCGGAGUCACCAGCCCAUUAACAUCCCCUUCUUUGAUGUCUUCCUGCGUAACCUGUGCCAAGGCUCCAGUGUGGAGGUGAAAGAGGACAAGUGUUGGGAGAAACUAGAGGUUUCCUCCAAUCCCCACCGAGCCAGCAAGCUGACAGACAAGAACCCCAAGACCUACUGGGAAUCUAACGGCAGUACUGGAUCGCACUACAUCACUGUGUACAUGCAUCGUGGUGUGGUAGUCAGGCAGAUGAGCAUGCUGGUGGCCAGUGAGGAUUCCAGCUACAUGCCGGCCCGAGUUGUGGUCAUGGCAGGAGAGAGUCCUGCCAGCAUCAACACUGAGCUGAAUACGGUGAACGUCAUGCCCUCGGCCAGCAGAGUGAUCCUUCUGGAGAACCUGACCCACUUCUGGCCUCUCAUACAGGUCAAGAUUAAGCGUUGCCAGCAGGGUGGGAUUGACACACGUGUACAUGGCAUUGAGGUCCUGGGGCCCAAGCCCACCUUCUGGCCAGUCUUCAAAGAGCAGCUGUGCCGGCGCACAUACCUGUUCUACACCACCAAGGCCCACACCUGGUGCCAGGAGAUCUCUGAGGAUCGGCUCCAGCUGCUGCAGCUCUUCAACAGGCUGAACAGCGCACUGCGGCAUGAGCAGGUGUUUGCCAAUUGCUUCCUUCCUGAUGACGAGGCGGCCCAGGCUCUGGGUAGGACCUGCUGGGAGGCCCUCAUCAACCCGCUGGUGCAGAGCAUCACCAGCCCAGACCCCAGCGGCAUCAGCCCUUUGGCCUGGCUCCUCAGUGAGUAUCUGGAGAACUCGGAGACAGUCCGACAUGCAAAGAGUCGUGCCACCAUCUUCAACUCCCGCGUGCGCCGCCUCAGCCACCUGCUGGUACAUGUGGACCCUGGCACUUUGGAGCCCAAGGAGCUGCGAUCUCCCAUCCGAGGCAAUGGGAAGAAUGGGAAGAACAAGGAGGCAGUCUGUGGAGCCGGGAACGUGUCAGGGAAGAAGCCUGGCAGCCUGGUGGGCAUCACACAGUGCUGGAAAGGUGUUGUGCAGCAGCAGGUGAAGCAGUUCCUGGAAACCUCAUGGCAGGCCCCAGACUUUGUGGAGCGCUACUGCAGUGUGUACCAGCGCCUGCAUAGUGCCAUGGAGGAGCUCUUUGGGCAGCAGAUGGCCUUUGCACUGGCCCUUCACCAGGGCUUCUCAGGGGCGCUGCUGCAGCUCUCCUUCCUGACAGCCAUGCAUGUGAGUGAGCAGUUUGCCCGCUACAUUGACCAGCAGAUACAGGAGAGUCGCACUGAUGCGGCCAGUGUGGAGACGCUGCAGCGGCUGCAGCGGAGCCUGGAGCCCAUCCUCUUCCUCUCAGGCCUGGAGCUCGCUAACACCUUUGAGCAUUUCUACCGGUAUUACCUGGGUGACCGGCUCCUGGCCCAGGGCAAGGUGUGGCUGGAGGUGGCUAUUGUGGAGCAGAUUGGGCUCUGCUUCCCCAACCGCUUCCCCCAGCAAAUGUUGAAGAACCUGAGUGAGUCAGCAGAGCUGCAGCAGCAGUUUCACCUCUUCCAGCUGCAGCAGCUGGACAAAUGUCUGCUGGAGCUGGAUGCAAGGCAGGAGGACCUGGAAGAUGAGGUGAUGGAGGAGGAGCCUUCCCUGCUGGCAGUGGAGCCACAACUGCAGGUGCUGGCUCUGUCCCCACGCUGCUGGACCAUCUCUUCACUCUGCCAUCUGGAUGACCCCGGCCGGUUUUUCCCACCACCUCUUGCCUCCUACCUGGCCAAGUUCACUGACUUCUGCACAAAGAGUCAGAACCGGUUUGGGCUGGAGCACAUGGAGCCACGGCACCUGCAGUGGACGUGGCUGGGCCACGCUGAGCUGCAGUUUGCGGAUAGCACCUUGCACGUCUCCACCUUGCAGAUGUACAUCUUGCUGUGCUUCAACAGUGCUGAGGAAGUUGCUGUGGAAACCCUGGUACAGGCCACAGGGCUGUCUCCGGUCCUGCUGAGCCAUGCGCUGAAACCCCUGACAGACAGGGAUGGGAUCCUAACUCAGAGCCACCCUUCUGGGGGGGUCCUGCAGCUGAAUGAGGCAGCCCUGUUGCAGAGCUCUGGCCAGCACCUGUGGCUGCUGCCCAGGCAGACGUACCUGAACGUGAAGGAGGACGAGGGACGCACUCUCGAGAGGAAGAGGAACAUCAUCUGCUGUCUCAUUGUCCAGAUCUUGAAGGGGGAGAAGCAGCUGCACAUCGAUAACCUUGUUUUCAGGGUGAUUGAUGCCUGUCAGAAGCGGGAAGCUGGGGCAGCUCCAAAGUUCCUGAGCUUCUACUGCAGCAGCACAGACGUGCUGUCAUGCAUCCUGCACCUGCUGAACCAGGGCUACAUUCGGCGUCUGGAGGACAGCCCCCAGCUCCUGGAGUACAUCUCCACAGAGCCCCUGCCAACCCCAUCCCCUCAUUGCCAGCCCCAUGUCACCUUCCAGACUGUGGAGAUCAAGAAGGUGCCAAGUGUAGCCUCUGCUGAGAAGAGACAGACCUUCUCGACAUUUAGGUAGAAAAGGUACAGGGCUGUGCAUAUGGGCUGGGCUGGCACUGAGGCCAAAUGCCUGUCUGCAUAGCUGUGCUGCUUGUUCUGGUGGCACAGCAAUUGCUAGGUUUUGGUGCGUUGGUUCUGCAGUCCUGGACUUCUGGGAGCCACAAACACCUAGGGCAUGGAGCAGCAACUCGGCCUUGGCCCCAGGCACUGCCCAUGGAUUCUGACACAUGAUUCCUAAGGAUUCCAGAUUUUUAAUUUAAAUAAAAGAAUUUAAUUAUA